UUGAAGAAUUAUACUUUUAUAUAGGCCUACAUUCGUCUUUUAUUUAUGGCAAAUCGGAGGUUGAAAAAAAUGUCCCUCGUAUAUCAAUUUUCGUAUUACCGUUAAUCAUUUUAUCUCCAAAUUUAAAAGGGCUCCAAAAUCGAGUGGAAAUGCUGCCGGCGAUUUCGCAGAAGUCGUUUUCUGGAUAAUUAAAAAUCGGCAUUCUGCUAGUGGCAAACUCUCGCUUGUGGAUGUCAAUAGUCAUCUGGAUAAUCUUGCAAUGAAACAUGCUGAGCAUAAUCCACGGGGAUUCGACGAUGAACUGCUGUCGAUGAUUCAGCAGAUGACGCCAUUAGAGAUUAAGUGGUUGACACGUUUACUGUUGAAAGAAAUGAAACUUGGCAUGGGCCACAAGAAAGUGCUUUUCGCGUACCACCGUGAUGCUAUCGAUUUGUUCAAUGUGUCAUUCAGCCUUCAAAAGGUGUGUGAAAAGCUGUAUGACCCCGACAGGCGUUUGCAUGAGGUUGAAGUGUGUAUGUUCGAGCCAUUCCGGCCCAUGUUGGCUGAACGCUGUGAUGUGCAGAAAGUCGACAAGCAGCUGAUGGCGUCUCCCUAUCAUUUCCUCGAGACAAAGUGGGAUGGUGAACGGUGCCAACUGCAUUACAAUGCGGGUGACUUCAAGUAUUUCUCUAGGAAUGGAUUCGAAUACACCGACUCAUUUGGUCCAAACGAUCGAAUAGGUUCUAUAACACCUCGCCUCUGCAAGCAGUUGAGUCCGAUGGUGGAGAGUGUCAUUCUUGAUGGCGAAAUGAUGGGCUGGAAUACCAAACUGAAAACAUUCGGGUCCAAAGGAAUGAAUUUCGAUGUAAAGUCGUUGAAACUCGGCCAUGUUCAUCAGCCCUGCUUCUGCGCAUUUGAUGUACUGCUACUGAAUGGAAACGUCCUGACGAAUAAACCGUUGAAGGAAAGACUGAAUAUUUUAUCUACUGUAUUUACGCCUUUGGAUGGAGUUAUCAUGCUUACUGAAAGUAUUCAAGUCUCUAGUAGAGCAGACGUAAUGAAAUCCUUGAAUGAUGCUAUUGACAACAGAGAAGAAGGAAUUAUUCUGAAACACCCAGAGUCGAUUUAUAAGCCAAAUUUGCGGACCGGAGGAUGGUAUAAAAUCAAACCAGAGUAUACAGAUGGAGCGAUGACGGACUUGGAUUUGCUAAUAAUUGGCGGUUAUUAUGGAGAGGGUCGGAGAAAGGGAUUGGUCAGUCACUUCCUGCUUGGUGUAGCAGCAGUCAAGGAAGAGUCCAUGGGGGAUCCAAAGGAUUUCCUUGCUGUUGGGAGGGUUGGAUCAGGGUGCACGGUGGGAGAACUGGAGGAGUUGGGAGCUAAACUGGCCGAGCACUGGAAUAAAACAAGAGCUAAGGCUGCUCUGCCGCGCGGAUUGCUUUGGACUAAGGAGAAGCCAGAUCUGUGGAUAGAGCCAGCUAAAUCCUGCAUUCUACAGGUGAAAGCUACAGAAAUCGUUAGAAGCGACGCUUAUCCAGUUAAUUUUACUCUGAGAUUUCCUCGAAUCGAAAAAGUACGAUACGAUAAGAGAUGGCAGGACUGCCUCACAUUGAAAGAGUUCCAUGAACUACGUACGGCAGCUAGUGGUAAACUAUGCUCAACGCACAUCCAAUCCACAUCAGAUCUUCCAAAAAGUAAACGCAUCAAAUUGUCGCAGCCGGUGGCAGCGGUUAGCCUUGAUCGCAUCAGCUUCGACGUGAAGAGGGUGAAACGUGUCACAAAUCUGUUCGAAGGCAAGGAAAUCUGUGUUUUCUCCGGCGAUACGGAAAUUACGAAAAAGGAAAUUGAAACGAAAAUUGCUGAGAAUGGUGGAAAAGUUACUCAAAAUCCAGGUACGCAGACACAUCUCAUUAUCUGCGGUUCCGAGAAGAAUUCGAUCAGAGUGCGAAAUGCAGUUUCGUCUGGGAAGCACGACAUCGUGACAGUGAGCUGGUUUCUGCAAUGCGUCCAAUUGGGAUACUUGGUUGAUUUUCACCCCAAAGAUUUGAUCUGCAUGUGUGAAGAUACAAGUGAGAGAAUGAAAAUAAUGUAUGAUGAGUAUGGUGACAGUUUUACUGAGCCUACAACUUUGGAAAACUUGAAAGAAGUCUUGAGUAGAGUUGAAAGAAGGAACAAUGAAGAGGAACCAUUGUCUGCAAAAUCCAAACAAAAACUGGACAAUCUACUGUUUGAUGGUCACAACCCAUACGCAAUUUUUCGCCAAUAUUGUUCAUAUUUUUUCAAUUAUAAUCCUGAGGAUUCGAACCACUUCGCAAAUCCCCUGAAUGUCGCCGCUAUCAAAUUCAAGUACUUGGGAGGAACUAUCUCCAAUGACAUAGAUGAGAGGACAACAAAUGUCAUACUUCAUUCAAG